AUGUUGGAACCCUUGGAAGGGAAGAUCAAGCCCUGCUUGAUCCACGGUGACCUCUGGGAUGAGAACAGCGCUACUGAUGAGGCAACUGGGAAGCCAUUUGUCUUUGAUCCAACGGCCUUUUACGCCCACAACGAACACGAGAUUGGGAACUGGAGGGCGGUGAGGCAUAAGCUGAGUAGGAAGGAGUAUGUGGAGCAGUAUAAGCGGUGUUUUCCGCCUGAUGAACCUGUUCAGGAGUGGGAUGAUAGGAAUCUGUUGUACUCGCUCCGCUUUGAUCUUCGGCUGCGGUUCUUAUUCCGGGGUCAGAUCCUCGAGAGAUGGCUAAUACGUUGGCUUAGUGUCAUGACCAACAUGAAGACUCUGUGCAACAAGUAUUGCCCAGAGGAGUUGGGCACGAUUGUUGAGCAGGUACCUUAG